AUGGCCACCUUCGCCUUCCCUAUGGUUGACGCGCAGGAAAAUGGUUUGUUCAAGCGCCACGCCCUCGUUGACUUCGAGAGGCAGCAUCAUAUGAAGAAGGGGGCUCACACCUUCCAGCAAGUCCCCAAAGGCGCCAAGUCCGUCGACAUUGACGGCAAGGUCGUCUCCCUGGAAGACAAGGAUCUCAUUCCCAUCAACAUCUUUUCCGAGAACGCCAAGUUCGUCGUGGACGGAGUGGAGCGCGUCAUUCUCUUGACGGACUACGAGAGUAAGGAUGACCCUGAUGUGAUUGUCACCAUGGACGCCAAUGGUGGGCUCGUUGCGGCCAACAAGAUGUCCAAAGACCGGGUUGUGGAGGUGGCUCCUAUUCCAGGAUCAGAUUUCUUUGUGACGGUAGCCCCCGAGGACUUGGACGAAGAUGCGAUGAAAGAUAUGGAGGACGGCCAGGAUGAAAUCUAUGAUGUCGCUGAAGGAAUGAUAGGCUCACCAACGGAGAACACCGGUGGUCGCAAGCUUCGUGGUGGAACGCCAAACCCCAAGUAUCGCUCUCUCCAAGAGGGAUGUCCCUUCACUGACUACAUCCAGAUUCACAUCGUGCUCGACUCUUACUUUGUGGCCGGGGCCGGAGAGGGGUCUGUCGAGUUGGCGAAGGAGAAGACGACCAAUGCUAUUGCAAGUGUAAACACAUUGUACAUGGCGCCAUUGUGCGUGCAGUACCAAAUCAGCAUGAUCACGGUCUGGGCGAAUCCCUCUACUGAUCCCAUGCGAAAUCUUAUGGCCUCCGCUCCUGACAUGUGCCGGGGAAGCUACUACGGAGAAAUCUUGUACACCUUCGCUGAUGAGAUUCAAAAAAUUGGGAAGCAAGGCGAUUUGGCACAGUUCAUCAGUGGUCGAGAUGAUCUAGGAGGUUGUGUUGGGCAGGCCUUUACCAGUAAGGUUGGUCGAAACAAUUACAUCGGCGGCGCCUACGGACUUAGCGUUCAAAACUGGGCCGGCACCCCCAGCCCUCAUUUGUUCGCACACGAAACAGGCCACAACCUGGGAGCCCAGCACCCAAUGUUUCCUGAUCGCAACGAUCCUUAUGGCUUCGGGUCCGCAAACAUCGAUUGGAUGAAGGGCUUUAUCGAAGAAAAGAUCUGUGCCGCUGGAGAAGACGACUACACCUGUGUGUCCAGAGUUGCUGUAAUGGAUGCCACUGACAGUCCCACCAAAAGUCCAACUAGGAGCCCCACCCCAGGUCCUUCCCCAAGCCCCACAACUGCGAAUCCUACAUCAGCCCCAACCGCAAACCCCACCGAGAGCCCCACUACCAGCCCUACCAGCGCGCCCACCGCAAAUCCCACCAAACGCCCCACUCCAGGUCCUUCCCCAAGCCCCACAACUGCGAAUCCUACAGCACCCCAACUGCAAACCCCACCGAGAGCCCUACCAGCGCCCCCACCGCAGACCCAACCAAGCGCCCCACCCCAGGUCCUUCCACAAGCCCCACAACUGCGAAUCCUACAGCAGCCCCAACUGCAAACCCCACCAAGAGCCCGACUGCCAGCCCUACCAGCGCGCCCACUGGCUGUUCCGAGCUUGACAACCGGAGGCGACUCCUUACCGAGCAGGAGAUGCUUAUGGAGCAGGAAUGCAUCGAUUCCAGUGGAGUUGUUUUAG